AAAACGGCGCCGUUCGAGUUACUGACAAUCCGCUUUCACCUGAACUAAGACCAACAGUAACAGAGGUUCAGUCUCUACUCUCUGGUGGGUUUGCUGUGGAGAUCACAUACGAAAAUGGCAGGCAGAUUGAGCACCGUGGCGUCUCGGAUCAUGGGCGGCAAUGGCGUCGUUUCCCGCUCUAUUGCCUCCUCACUUCGAUUACGCUCCGGCAUGGGCCUCCCUGUCGGCAAACACAUCGUCCCCGAUAAACCCGUUCCCGUAAACGACGAGCUGGUUUGGGACAACGGGACUCCUUUCCCCGAGCCCUGUGUUGAUCGCAUUGCCGAUACCGUAGGAAAGUAUGAAGCGUUGGCUUGGCUAUGUGGGGGCUUGAGUUUUUUUGCGUCGCUCGGACUUUUGGCUGUGUGGAAUGACAAGGCUUCGAAGACACGGCUUACACCAAAAGUCUUUCCAUAUGACAAUCUACGAGUGGAGCUUGGAGGAGAACCGUAGGUAGAUCUUUUGCAAAUAAUCGUUUGAGCUUUGUCGCUCCCAUGUGGGUAUUUUUUUUGUUUGUUGUAUGGUUUUGGAAUUUGUAACCCUUGGAAAUAAUGGAUAAUCUUUUCUGUUGAAAUUUACACCUUCAAACAAAUGACCAGAAUUGGUUCUCUUUAAUUUAAAGGUACUUUUACACCUUUGUUUA